AUGAAGUUCCUCAUCGACGAGCUGGAAGUGUUGUUUCCGUACGAGUACAUAUACCCCGAACAGUACGCGUACAUGGUGGAACUGAAAAAGGCGAUUGACGCCAAGGGACAUUGCCUGCUAGAAAUGCCGUCGGGCACCGGUAAGACCAUCACCAUAUUGUCGCUGAUCGUCGCUUACAUGAUCAAGUAUCCGGCCAAACUCGGAAAGCUUUUGUACAGCACCCGAACGCUGUCCGAGAUUGAAAAGGCCGCCGAAGAAUUGCGUGUAUUGUGCGACUAUUACAAGUCGAACAAGUGCGACACAAACGUGCUUGGCGUAGUGCUGUCGUCCCGCAAGAACCUGUGCGUCCACCCAUCGAUCGCCGGCGAACACAACGGACGUGUGGUGGACGCUCGCUGUCACGCUCUGACGGCGCCGUUCGUGCGCGCCCGCCACGCCGAGGGCGAGACCGUCAACGUGUGCGAAUUCUACGAGAAACUCGAUUCUCUUGGCAGAGACACGAUUCUACCUCCAAACAUCUACAACAUAGAGGACCUGAAAGAGCUGGGUGUAAAACAAGGCAUAUGCCCUUACUUUGUGGCCAGACAAACGCUUAUACACGCCAAUGUCGUCAUAUACAGCUACCAUUACCUCUUGGACCCAAAAAUUGCGGGCAUAGUUUCCAAAGACUUCAACAAGAACACUAUAGUAGUGUUCGAUGAGGCACACAACAUUGACAAUGUCUGUAUAGACUCUUUGAGUUCUCACAUCACGAGCAACAAUCUGGAUAAAGCUAUGGAAGGACUCAAUAAACUGGACACUGAGAUCACGUCCAUGAAGGAGAGGGACUCACAAAGGUUGAAGGAAGAGUACAGGAAAAUGGUCGAUGGCUUGAGAGAAAUUUACAGAAACCGCGAAGCAAAUGCUGCCCUAGCUAAUCCAAUUGUACCUGAUCAGGUAUUAAAAAUUACCGAACUACCGGGGAGCAUCAGAAGUGCUGAACACUAUAUUGGUUUUAUGAAAAGGUUCAUUAUGUACCUGAAACUCAGAAUGAACUCCACCACUGUAGUACAAGAAACUCCUAUAAUGUUCAUUAAAGAUGUAUACCAGAAAGUAUGCAUAAAUAGGAAACCACUAAGGUUUUGUACUGAACGGUUAUCGUCGUUGCUGAGGACUCUAGAAAUAUCUGAAAUCACAGAUUUCUCUCCCCUUAUCACAGUUGCUCAAUUUGCCACCCUAGUAUCAACGUACAUGAAAGGAUUUAUGAUAAUUAUAGAACCGUUUGAUGAAAGGUCUUCAACAGACAGCUGCGUUAUGCAUUUUAGCUGCUUAGAUGCCUCGAUUGCCAUCAAACCAAUUUUAGACUAUUUCAAUACCGUUCUUAUAACGUCAGGAACGUUAUCGCCAUUAGAUAUGUACCCCAAGAUUUUGAACAUCAAUCCAGUAAUAAUGACGUCCUUAACCAUGACAUUGUCCAGACAGUGUUUUUUGCCUAUGGUGGUCGGUCGAGGUAAUGACCAAGUAGCACUGACGUCCAAGUGGGAAUCAAGAGAAGAUUCUUCUGUUGCACGUAACUAUGGACAUUUGUUAUUGGAAAUGGUAAAAGUGGUACCCGAUGGUGUCGUUUGUUUUUUCCCAUCAUAUUUAUAUAUGAAAUCUGUGGUAGCUGCCUGGUAUGAUCAAGGAUUAAUUGAAAAGAUUUUAGAUUAUAAAUUGAUAUUUAUUGAGACACAAAAUAUCGUUGUCACGAACCAUGCAAUAAAAUGUUAUGCAGAAGCCAUAGAACGUGGAAAAGGAGCGUUGUUAUUGUCUGUUGCAAGAGGUAAAGUAUCUGAAGGUAUGGAUUUUGAUCAUCAUUAUGGCCGAGCAGUAAUUGUUUUGGGUAUGCCAUAUGUUUAUACUCAGUGCCGUAUAUUAAAAGCUCGCAUGGAAUAUUUAUGUAGUCAGUACCAAAUAUCAGAAGGUGAUUUCUUAACUUUUGAUGCGAUGAGACACACUGCCCAGUGUGUGGGACGUGCAAUCCGUGGUAAAAUGGACUAUGGCAUCAUGGUGUUUGCAGAUAAAAGAUUUGCCAGACAUGAUAAAAGAAGUAAACUGCCAAAGUGGAUACAAGCGUAUCUAACUGACAACGUUUGCAACUUAACGGUAGAUGAAGCUGCACAAAUGUCCAAACGUUGGCUAAGGUAUAUAGCACAACCUGAUCCAAUUGAAAAUCAAAUGGGAAUAUCAUUGUUGGAUGUUAAUGGACUGAAUAAAACUGAUUUCUUAACAAAAGUAGUACAAAAGUGUUGA